AUGUGUGAAUAUCAUGGAACCCAUGGGCACAGAACUGAGGACUGUCGCCAACUAAGAGAGGAGGUGGCCCGGUUACUGAAAAAUGGCCACCUUCGAGAAUUGCUAAGUGAACGAGCUAAAAGCCACUACAAGGAAAGGGAAUCUCAUAAACGGGCCGAACCAGUGGAACCUCAGCAUAUAAUCAACAUGAUAAUUGGGGGUACUGAUGCUCCUAGAGGGCCGGUGAUGAAACGGACAAAGGUUUCCAUUGUUCGUGAGAAGCGCAGCCGGGAUUAUGUAUCCGAGGGUUCCAUCUGUUUCAACAACGAGGAUGCAGAAGGUAGCUCAGCCAACAUCAUCUGGUGGAGAGUGGUUGAACAGCUAAGGCUACUCGACCAAAUCGUACCGGUAGCCCGAGUGCUCAGUGGAUUCAAUAUGGCAAGUGAAACCACGAAGGGGGAGAUUUCUUUGCCGGUCAACAUUGACGGCACCAUUCAGCAAACGGUGUUCUAUGUCAUCGAAGGGGAUAUGAAGUAUAAUGCAUUGCUGGGUAGACCGUGGAUACAUAGCAUGAGGGCCGUGCCAUCGACAUUACAUCAGCUACUGGAAUUCCCGACUCUGGAGGGGAUAAAAACCAUCCGAGGAGAACAACCCGCUGCAAGAGAGAUGUUCGUGGUGGAGGAAGCAUCACCCCUUCCCAAAAAACCAGAUAAAAAAGAAGAUGAAUCAGUCGGUGGCAAGGACCCUAAAUAG